UGCAGAUGGAUAAGCAUUGUUCCUGAGCAUUCAGUACUGAGUAACUAAUAUAAAAGAUGGAGGAGGAGUCUGAAGCCACAGAAAACACAAGAGCUCCACUGAGCUAUGAAAAACCCGGCUACGAGAAAGAUUUACUCUCCAGUCUAUGUAAAUUGCGCAAAGAAAAGCAGCUUUGUGAUGCCUGCCUUGUGGUGGGGGCCCACGAUUAUCCAGUACAUCGUGCAGUCCUUGCUUCUGCUAGCCCAUUUUUCCUGAACAUGUUUGAGACAAAGGAAAAAGAGAUUACCUUUGUUCUGAAAGAUGUAGAGGACCAUCAAAGUUUUGAGUAUUUACUUGAUUACACCUACACAGGAAGACUUGAUGUACCAGAGGAAAGUGUCAAGCCUGUCUAUAGAAUGGCCACUUUCCUGAAACUGAAGGAUGCAGCAACUGCCUGUUGCAGUUUCCUGGCAGCCAGUCUGACAAGUGAUAACUGCCUAGGAAUACGCAAGUUUGCAGAGGAUGAAGAAUUGCGAAAAACCAUUGAUGACUUCAUACAGAGGAAUAUUAUGGCUGUCACAAGCAACAAGAAGUUUUAUGGCUUACCUCAGAUACCAGUGGAAAUAACAGGAGCUGACCAGGAUUUAUUAGAAUCUAGUAAUGAUAAGCAUAUGUUUGAGUUAGUUUUGGCUUGGGCAAGAGAAAAUAUCGAUCCAAAGAAACCAAGAAUUGAAGAUCUGACAGAACAGGUGAAUGUUCUGAAUUUAAACACUGACAACAGUUUAACAGACUUCAAGGACGUGAGUGAUGAUGUUGUGAAGGAUCAGGAUGGUAUUGUACAGGAUUACAAAAAGAGCAAGAAGAAGAUGAUUGCCACAAAAACAAAGGAGGGGACAGACAUGCAUAUUUCAAAUAGCAGUGUUGGACAAGUCAGAAAGUUUAGUAUUAAUCCAAGUGGACCUGUUUCAAGGAAGGAGUGGAGUAUCAUUGCAACACAUCAAAUGAAAGAUAAAUCAUAUCUGGCACUAGCUAUGUUAAAUGGUGUGAUGGCAGCUAUUUCUGUUCACUACCGUGCUCCAUCUGCUCGAAGUGGCAGUACCAGUCCAGAUGAACCUGACUCACCAGUGACUGCUUCAGUGACUCCCAACAAGUUCUUUGACAGUAGGUCCUCUCUCACACCCUUGGCAGUCAUGAGUACAGCUCGCUGUGCAUUUGGCUUGGAGGUUUUAGAUGGGCAGCUAGUUGCAUGUGGUGGAUAUGACCGAUCAGAAUGUCUUAGAACAUCUGAGAGAUUCGAUUCCAACAACAAUAAGUGGAUUCCACUAGCAGACAUGACGGUGCCAAGAGGACGAUUUAAUGUGGCUUCAGUAAGAGGUUUCAUCUAUGCAGUUGGGGGGUCAGAUGGAUUUAGGGAGCAAAGUGCAUUGGAAUACUAUGAUCCAGAAAAAAAGAUGUGGAUAACUCAUGGAGAAGUACGGAAUGCCAAAGUUUCUCAAGGAUUGGCUUCAUUGCAUGAAAAACUAUACUGCAUUGGAGGAUGUUUGGGACAAAAGAGUUCUAAUGAGUGCCAUGUGUACGACCCCAAAACCAAUGAAUGGGAUACUAUUGCUCCCCUGAUUACAGCAAGGUACCAGGCAGCUGUUUGUACAUUCAUGGGGAAGAUUUAUGUUAUUGGUGGUACCGAUGCAUGGAUUUGCUUAAAUUCAGUGGAGAUCUAUGAUCCAGAGGUGAAGAAAUGGCAGUUAGGUCCACAGCUGAGCAUACCGCGACGUGGAGCGGGUUGUGAUGUUUUUAAUGGCACUAUAUACCUGACAGGAGGCAGUGAUGGGUCGCAGUCUCUCAAGUCCACCGAGAUCUUGACCCCGGACCGAGGCUGGGUAAUGGGUCCAUCACUAAGCAUUCCUCGCGCUAAUGUGGGGGUGGUAACCUGUGAUAAGCGCUUGUUUGCUGUUGGAGGGUUUAGUGGAAAAAAGUUUCUAGACAGUAUGGAGUUCCUAUCUGAUAAACAUGCAGAAUGGUGCUGCUAUCUUCCUGUAGAAAAUUCCAUAAUUGCAGAAAAAAUGGCAAAGCGCAAUUCAGAAGGACGAUUAGAAAAAUUGGAUCAGAAUUCCAACUGUGAAAAGACCUCAACCAACAUUCCAUGUGAUGCAAGUGUAAAUGGCCAUUAAGAAAGUUUUCAGGUUAUAUUUGAAGAUUCUUGGCUAUGUUUUACAAAAGCACUCAUAUGACUUAGAUUAAUACUGUAAAUCACUUUUUAUUCGCAAGAACUUUAUUUUCGCGUAAUUACUUGAGACAGUAUGCUCGCGAAAAUUUCAUUUUUGCGUAUGAUAGAUUUCCUUAACAUUAUAAAGUGCAAUGACCACAAUUCGUGAAAAUUUCGUCUCGCUAAUAAAGAGUCAAUGACUACAGUGUAUCUCGCGAAAAUAAGGUUUCUCGAAAAUUAAGUGAUCUACAGUAAUUUUAUUUUUAAGAAACUGUGUACUCAGUAAGAUAGAAAUAACUUUGAAAAAUGUUUUUCAUAAUUCUUUAGAAAUUGGAUAUUUGACAUUAAUGUUAAAGCUGAACACUACUCGUAAAAGGCAUAGUCCGCCAUAUUUCCUUUGUCAUUUACACUGUCCCCUACAACCCCUAUAUAAGGAGCAGAUUUGUUAAGAGUUAAAUGUAAUCUUUGUAGAGGUCAGACGAGUGAAGACAUACAUCUUACACUGCCAUGCUACUUGGUCACAAUGAAAUCAUCAAAUUUUAUGCAAUUUUUCCAAAACAGGAGAAAAGUAUCAAAAAGAAAUAGAAAUCAAUACAUUAUUUACAAACAGAAAAUGCACAUAUAAACAAGGAUUAAACGCAAAAAAUCUAAGACCACGAAAGGAGUACUAUAUGUCGGCCACAAUUUUCAAGUGUGUAAUUGGUUGUAAUGAAAUCGAAAGGCUUAUAUUCCCGUCUGAUGGUGCCUAUUUAUGAGAAGUGUUCAGCUUUAAGAGGACAAUACAUAUGUUAGUUGCAAAAAACAUAAUUUAGUCUUAGUCGUAAGUUCUUUUGUAAAAUAGGGUCCAGCUAUUAUUUAACUAUUGGAAAUAAACUAAUAAUAGUUUUUGAUAAUUAAAUGUUUAUGAAAUGUAAAUGUAUAUGUAUUUUAAGGAUUAAGAUUUUUUUAAAGAUUAAGAUAGAUUAUGUAUCCAUUUCACAAAUUUUUAGAAAUUUACUUAUUCAUAGAUUUUUUUCAAUUCAAGGAAUCAGUAUAUACGGAUAGAUAUACAUGUAUUUAUCUUUGAAAAGCCAACAAUGAAGAAGAUUAUUUCUACAGUUAUGUAGGGAGUGUAGCAGGUAGAGCAAAUUUACAGAUUUAGUAAAGUGUUCAAGAAUCCCUGACAAAAUUUCUGAAUAUAAUUCCUUGUAAAAUCUUAUUGUUAUUACAAACUCUGAUAUGAUGAAUUUACAGAUACAGUUAUAGCAAAUUCAUUUUGCGUCUGGUGGAAAAUAUAUACCGGUAUAAUGUUAUUUACCUCCUUUUUAAAUUUUAAAAGAUUUCAAAAUUUUUCAAAGUUUUGGAGAAAAUUUGGUAGACAAUAGCCCUUAUAGAAUUUUCUGAAAACAAAUAUUUCGUAAGAUUAUAGUAAUUGAUAUAAAUAAAUAUUUACAUUCGCUUUGUUUUUCUACUAAUCCAACUGUGAAAUUGAUUUGAAUAUCGUUUACGGGUAUAUUUGCGCAUAGAAAUACAAGGGCCGUUCAAAAAUUACGCAGACUCUGCUAUUAUUUCCUCUUACAGACAUCAUAUAGUUAUGACAUUUCACAGAAAUAUGUAUCUUAAAGAUUCCAAGAAAUUUUUAGCAAAAUUUCUGUAUUUUAAAAAAAUUCUCCUAAAAUUAUUGCUGUGUUGAUAUUGCUCAUGGAGAGGUACAUGUAUGUAUGGAGCACAACAAAAAAUUUGAAACAAAGGCAUGCAGAAUUCAAAAUAUAACUCAAUAAUUUUCUGUAAUUCAUGAUAUUUUUCGACAAUUUUCUCAAAUGUUUCUUUAUAUUAUUCUAUUACUAUGUAUUUAGAUUUCUGACAUGAUAUUUGAAGUACUAACAGAAAUAUAGUGAUUUUUCUCUGACGCAAUGCCUGUGAAAAUGACAUGAAUUGAUGGGGCACUAUGCACUUUUGUUAAGUAUUAUAUGUGAUACCCGAGAUAUCACCAAUAUAGAUCCAAAAUAUGCAUAGUAAAACAUUUAGUAAAAUAAGGUAUUUGUGACAGUUGUAUACAAAUAGCAAACUGUAAUUUUAGACCAUUAAACCUCUGUAAAAAGGCUAAAUGGGAGGAUGGAAAGAAGAUUAUUGGUGAAAACUUUAUCCGGACUGUAAAGAACAUAUUUGAGGACCAAUGUCACACUAUAUAUCUCAUAAAUAUUUGUAGUUUUUCGGUUUUAAAACAAAAAAAGAAUAUAUGCUUUACUUGUUUUAUAGAAUUUAAGUGGUGUGUGGUUGUUGAGUAGAUAAUAUAACUCAAACAGUCAAACUGUACAGGAACUCUUUGGAACAUGUUGAGAAAAUGAAAGUUCUUUUUAAUGUCCAUGUCCAUGAUUUUGCUGCUCGUUGACUUAAUGAUAUGUCCUGAUAAUUAAAUCACCCAAAAUUGAUAUCAAUUUACAACAUUUUGAUAUGAAAUUUUGAAGACUAUAUAAGUAAAGAUUCUUUUAUAUUAUGUGUACCAUUUUGCCCUAUUAUAUCAUCAAAUAUUUUUUAUGUGCAACAAGUCCGCGUAAUUUUUGAACGGCUCUCGUAUACACAGAGAAACGUGCGUUAAAGUGACAUCACAACAAGGCUACAGUGACAUUAGUAAAAGGAUAACUAUAUAGGGCAGCAAGAAAUUCAAAUAUUGAGUAUAUUUUUGGUGCGUCCAAACAUGCAAAUUGUAAAUAAAAGGAAUGUUUUUAGUUUAGUGUGAAUUAUUGGUGUGUGAAUCACACAGACUUGCAUGUCUCAUGAAAUAUGCCUAUGUGACAAGAUGUCUGUGUGAUUCCCAAACCAAUAACUCACACAAAAAUUAAAAACAUUCCUUAAAUGUAUUGAAUGAGAUAUAACCAGAAAAACCAAGCUAUAAUUGUGAUACUGUAGAAAAAUACAAAUUUACCGGAUCUGCAGAAAGUAUUUUGCUUGUUGUGAAUGUUGUCAGCAUUCAUUAACAGACAGCUUGAAUAUUGUUGGAAGUUCAUCCUCUUGUUAUUUAGGUAUGUUGCAGUGCCCAGAAAAUUCAUUUUAUGCUCGUGUUUGUGGGUUGUAAUUGACAUUGGAAAUUUUCUAUCUAUUUUUUCAUCCAUAUUUAUGCUAUCUGUAUUUUUAUUUUUUUAUGAUUAAAGUUUAGUAUAUGUCUUAAAAUCUGGUUAUGCCUCAGAAGAACUCAAAAGAAAUGACUUUAAAAUAAUUAUUUCAGUAUUAUAUGACAUUACUUAUUUUUAAAGUGGGGUAAUAUUAAAAAAAUUUCAGUGUUGUUAAUUUAUUCAUAAUUUAUAGGAGGUGCUAUACUAUCACAGUAGAAUAUUUACAUUUGGUUGUGUAAACAGUAGUUUUAUUCUCUUAUCCAUAAUUUUGGUUGUUCAGAGUUUUGAAAUUUCAUCCAUUCACUUAAAAAAAAAAAAAAGCAAAUAUAUACAGUAAAACUCGGUUAUAUUGAAGUCACUGGGAGUUACGAAAUUACUUCUCUAUACAUGUAUCCAUAAUUCGUUAUAUCCGUAUAACUAUAAGGAAUUCUUUAUAUAGCUGAGGUUCAGAAUAACUUUGCUUAGUAUCUGUGAAUUUGCAGUAUCAGUGUUUGUACUAAACGAGUUUUACUGUGUAUAUAUAUAUGUACAUAUCAAUAAUUCAGAAUUUUUUUUUCAUAUGAAUUGUUUAUUUUAAGCCCCUUUUUCAUGGUUAAUGUUCUGGUCUUUCAAUCAAACAGAUUUUUCUUGUUUAUAUCAUGCUUUUCAAGUCAAUAUUCCAAAUUCCAUAAACAUGUAUAUAUUUUUUGGCUUACCUUAUUGUCCCACCUUCUUGAUCUCUAAGAUAUUGUAGCUGAAUAUUAAUUUGCCAUUUAUAAAGCUUGAUUUGUGAGGACAGUUGUUUACACUAAGACCAUUCCUGAAUGAAUUUUAAUCAAAAAGUAAAUAAUAAAUGUCUGAUUACCACA